AUGGAGAAGGACGAGGGACGGGGCUUGCUGUUCGACUUCACCGGCGUGGUGCUGUUCGGCUGCUGUUGCCCGGAGCUCGCUGACCUCAGGUGGCUCGCGAUAGACGGCGGUGAGAGGCUGCUAUGGGUGCUCGAUUCGCGAACAAAGGCUAAUGAGGAGGAGGAGAAGGAUCUAUCUGAGUUGGAAGAUGAUGGAGGUGAGGUAAAAUCGGAUGAGGCUGGAGAAAAGGAGGCUGAUGAACCAGAGGAAUAUGAAAAUGCUGAGGGAAAAAAUGAAGUGAAAGAGGAAACAGAGGGAAAUAAAAGAGGAGGCAGAUGA